GCUGGUUCAGCCUCUGGGUUCAGCUGCUGUCAGUCUGCAGAGACACGGAGCCAAACCUCACUCACUGUUUGUCCAGUUUAACCAGCGCUCUAUCGUUAAAAAAGUUGUUACAUUUACCGGUAAACACCCAACUACACAAGAAACUUUUCUCCUCUGAAACAGUCAAGACCGUCGGCAACCGGAACGGACACAUCCGGGACAUGAGAGCGCUUUAAGUCUACCGGUAACUUUGGUCACUGAUGGAGACGCUCUGAGGGUGACAGCAGGAAGAAGACCUCCCCCGUCUCCCCCCUGAAGGCUUCACAGAUGUUUUCGCUCGGUCAGGAAAACAUCUCCACCUCCCCUGCUUCCACCAAAGGCCCGGUCAAAUAUGGAGAGCUCAUUGUGCUCGGGUGUAAUGGCUCUCUGCCCAACGGUGACAAGGGGAGGCGGAAGAGUCGCUUCGCUCUGUGCCGCAGGAACAAGGCCAACGGAGUGAAGCCCAGCACCGUCCACUCAUCCUGCACGCCUCAGGCUGCCAAGGCGAUCAGCAACAAGGAGCAGCACAGCAUCUCGUACACGCUGUCCCGCGCCCACACGGUGGUGGUGGAGUACACACACGACUCCAACACGGACAUGUUCCAGAUCGGUCGCUCCACAGAGAGCCCCAUCGACUUUGUGGUGACGGACGUGCUGCCCGGCGGUCCGAGCCAGGCCGACGGUCAGACGGUUCAGAGCACCAUCUCCCGAUUUGCCUGCCGCAUCAUCUGCCAAAGAAACCCUCCGUACUCGGCGCGGAUCUACGCUGCGGGCUUCGACUCCUCCAAGAACAUCUUCCUCGGGGAGAAAGCAGCCAAGUGGAGGAUGCAGGACGGUCAGAUGGACGGGUUGACCACCAACGGCGUCCUGGUGAUGCACCCGCGCCACGGCUUCAACCAGGACUCCAAACCCGGCGUGUGGAGGGAAAUGUCCGUCUGCGGAAACGUCUUCACGCUGCGGGAAACCAGAUCAUGUCAGCAGAGGGGCAAGAUGGUGGACACUGAGUGUAACGAGCUGCGGGAUGGGUCUCUCAUCGACCUGUGCGGUGCCACGCUGCUGUGGCGGACGGCGGAGGGCUUGGCGCACACGCCCACCGUCAAACACCUGGAGGCGCUGCGGCAGGAGCUGAACGCCGGGCGGCCGCAGUGCCCCGUGGGCUUCAACACGCUGGCCUUCCCCAGCCUGCGCCGCAAGGACGUCCUGGACGAGAAGCAGCCCUGGGCCUACCUGCGCUGCGGCCACGUGCACGGCUACCACGGCUGGGGGGGGCGCCGCAACCCCGAGGUGGAGGCGGAGUGCCAGGAGCGGGAGUGCCCCAUGUGUCGGACGCGGGGCCCCUAUAAGCCGCUGUGGCUGGGCUGUGAGGCGGGCUUCUACGUGGACGCGGAGCCACCCACCCACGCCUUCGUCCCCUGCGGUCACGUCUGCUCGGAGAAGACGACGGCGUACUGGAGUCAGAUCCUGCUGCCGCACGGCACGCACACCUUCCACGCCGCCUGCCCGUUCUGCAUCCAGCCGCUGAGUGGCGAAUCCCGCCUCAUCAGACUCAUCUUCCAGAGCCCGCUGGACUAGAAACCAGCCAGACUUCUUAUCCUAAGCCUUAACCAACACACGGGUGCUCACAGCUUUGACUUUUUUCAUAACUUAAUUUUUUAUAACUUAAUUUAACUUAAUUUUGAUAGGUAUAAAAACAUUUAUGGGUUGUUUCUUGCUAUUUUUUUAAAUGAUUUUCUUGUUUUUAAAGUGGUGAAAGUUCUUCCCGGGACAAAACUGUGAACCUGUGUGAUCUGCCUUUCCCUUUUUAUUUAUUCUCUUACCUCUUCUUCAGGUGUGUGUUUCAUAAAUCGACGUAGGAUUUAACAGCUGUAAUGUCUCACCCGGCCUUAAAGAGCCGUUAACACCAAGGCGUGAUCACCAGUUUGGUUUCAGUCGAGUGUUUCAGUGUCUCUCUGUGCUCCAGUUCUUGUUUUUAAGGGAGAAGAAAAUUAAAUUGUGGUGCAAACUCAAGUUCUUCAUGAUCUAAAACAUAUUUCUGUGUUUGAUACUUUUCUCUGAAAUCAAGUGACCUUCCUCUGUAACGCUGAAAACAGAAUUACUGUAUUUCAUGAUCUUAAUAUGAACUUUGUAUCACAACUUAAAAAAAAUAUAUUCCUGGGAAACUUUUUAA